GGGGGAAAGAUGGCGGCGCUCACAGCAGCAGAGCAAACUAUGAACAAACUGACUGACACUUUUUCAGACCCCGCUUACAGCCAACAUGGCGAACCCGUGUCAGCAGAUUCGGGGACACUGCAGGACUUUGUGGUGGAUUUUUUGGAGAGAGAAGUCGGCAACGACCUGAAAUCACUGAAGAAUGUCGGAAACCUGCUGAAGAAGCUGAGAGAGGAAAACAGCGUCCUGGAGGAACAGGUUCUUACUGUCUCCAGCUCUGUGCCUCCUAAAGUCUCUGAAGCUCUGUCUGCUGCUGAAGAGGCCAGAUGUUCCCUGGAGGACCUGCAGCAGAAGGAGAGACUCAUUUCCAACACACUGCACCAGCACCUACAGGGAGCCCAGCCUUGGAUGGACAAUCUUGGCCAGACGCUUAACCAAGUCGACACCAUAGAGAGACACAUGAAAUACCUACGCUGCCUUCAACAUAUAGAGGAACUCAGUGCUGCAGUCCAGCAGUGUCUGAUGACCAGCAGUGUUUGGGAGGCCAUCAGGGCAGUAGACAGCAUGGCUGCACUGGAUGCUGGACUCAACCAAUCUGGAUGCUCUCACCUCCAGGACUUCCUCCGAGAAACACUUCACUUCUGGCACAAGAUUAUCAAAGACCGACUGUCCAGUGAUUUUGAGAAAGUUUUGACUCAGCUUCACUGGCCGAUCAUCUCCCCUCCAACUCAGUCACUGACACCCACUGCCAACGGUCAGGAGAUCAACAGUCAGCUGGAGCUGCUCGUCACUCAGCUACUCGCCCUGCAGACCUCUGAUGACCUCAUAUCUCAGAGGGCUUUGGCCUCCGGUCACGGUGCACCCUCUGCCCAGCCUGCGUCGUCAGCCACACCUCCGUCUCAGGCUCCUCCCCUCUGUCUGCCCAUCCAGAUCAUGCUGCUGCCGCUCAGCAGGAGAUUCAGAUACCACUUCUACGGGAAUCGACAGACCAACUCCCUCAGCAAGCCGGAGUGGUACCUCACACAGGUUCUGAUGUGGAUGGGGAACAGCUCCACCUUCAUGGAGGAAAAGAUCCAGCCUAUUCUGGACCGAGCCGGGGCCGCCAUCAGUGCCAGGGUGGAGCUGUGUCGAGGCCUGUUGUGUCUGGUCCAGGACAAAGUGGCCAGCGAUGCCUCCAGACUGCUGUAUGAUGAUGUGCUCUUCUGUCACUUGGUGGAGGAGGUGCUGCAGUUUGAGAAGGAGCUGCGCAGCAACCAGAACUACCCAGUGGUGCUGCCCGGGCUGCUCCACCUCCUGCUGGACGACGCAGUCCUCCAGAAGUGGCUUACUGUGGAGAGGAAGAUGGCAGUGGAGAAGAUGGACGCCAUGCUGUCGGCUGAGGGAGCGUGGAGCUCUCAGUACAAAGACAUCAGUGACAUGGAUGAGCUGAAGGCUCCUGAUUGUGCUGAGACCUUCAUGACUCUGCUGCAGGUCAUCACUGAGCGGUACCGGGGCCUGCCCUGUCCUUCAGCACAACUGAAGUUCCUGGGGCUACAGAGAGAACUCGUGGAUGAUUUCCGCAUCCGACUCACCCAGGUGAUGAAGGAGGAGUCUCGCUGUCCACUCGGAGCCCGUUAUUGUGCCAUCCUUAAUGCUGUCAACUACAUUUCCACCAUUCUGGGAGACUGGGGAGACAAUGUGUUCUUCCUACAGCUGCAGCAGGCGGCCGUUUCCCUCGGUGAGGAGACGGUGCUGGGAGAUCUCGGGGUGAUGGAGGUGGGUCGCCUGGCUUCUCUGGAGGGCUCUCUGUUCGAAGGUCUGCUGGCUCUGCUGGAUCGACUGAAGGGAGACAUGAUGGGAAGACUGCUGGAAUGGACCAUGAGAGAAAUCACAGAGAAAGCCAGACCAUACGGCCAAGACAGGUGGUUAUCUCUACCAUCCCAGCAUGACCAGUCCACCAUGUCCCUGUCCAGUUCAGCAUGUCCCAUGAUGCUGUGUGUGAGGGACAGACUGUUGAACCUUCAUCAGGUCCUGAGUCUUUCUCUGUUCCAGCUGGCCUGGCAGGGCCUGGCAGAGAGACUUGACAACUUCCUCUACCAGGAUGUGGUCCUGUCCAAUCAUUUCAGUGACGGCGGAGCGGCUCAGCUUCAGUUCGACAUGACCAGAAACCUGUUUCCUCUGUUUGGUCACUACUGCAAAAGACCUGAGAACUUCUUUAAGCAUGUUAAGGAGGCGUGCAUCAUCUUGUGCCUGAAUGUGGGCUCUGCUAUUCUGCUAAGGGAUCUCCUUAAAGACUCAGAGGAGGAGACGAGAGAUAUGGGAGGUAUAGAGGACCCUCCACCCGAGUCUGCAUUGAAUGAGUUGGGGGUUUACUGCUUGGCACCCUGUGAUGUGCAGAUUCUCCUCAAGCUCAGAGCCUCCUGGCCUGGACAGUGACAUUUUCCCCCAGCAGUGUUUGAUGCUGGUGAGUGUGCAUCAGAUUGAGUGCUGGUUGAAUUUUUUUGAAUACAUUUUUAUCAGCAGCUUUAAUCUUUAUAAACAAGACAGGUAAUAUCUUUAAGUUAUAUACAAUAAGUUAUGGCUGUUCAGAUAGUGCUCAAGUUGAUACUACUGAAUAGUCACCGUAUGUCUUUAAUGUGUUGCACUUAUUUUUGAGGGACCUACUUACCUGUCACCUCAGUUGGCUAAAGUAUACCACAACAGUAUAUAACAGUAUAUAAGUACAUAUAACAAUUGUCCUCUGUCUGGUAGAUUAUGUAAUAAACAAUUCUCUCAUCUUCAA